CUUGCCAUUUUUGGGUUUUAGGGUUCUUCGCUGUUCAUGGCGACAAAGAAUGCCGAGCAGAGGAUUGCGGGAUUGCCGGCGGCAUUGCAAGCACUGCGCGAGCUCGUUGUGUGGCCCGUGAGAUUCUCGGCUGAAGCCUCGUCGAUCGGCCUCAAGUGGUCUAGGGGUCUUCUUCUUCACGGGCCUCCGGGAACUGGAAAGACGACUCUUGUCCGUGCUAUUGCCGAGGAAUGUAACGCUCAUCUUAUAUCACUCAGUGCAGGUUCCGUACACAAGGCUUACGCUGGAGAGAGUGAGCGAGUUCUCAGGGAUGCUUUCUCUGAGGCUGGAAAGCAUGCGGAGAAUGGCUCUCCAGCGAUUAUCUUUAUUGAUGAGAUUGAUACUCUUUGUCCCCGCCGUGAUGCAAGGCGAGAGCAGGAAUCGCGAUUGGUCGCGCAGCUGAACACUCUAAUGGACGGUGUUGCAAAAUCUAGCGAAGAGUCCUCUAAAGUGUUCGUCGUCGCUGCAACGAACAGAGUGAAUGCAGUCGAUCCAUCACUUCGAAGACCAGGCCGUUUCGAUAAGGAAAUUCUGGUGAACGCGCCAAACGCGAGCGAACGGUUUCAAAUCUUGAAUCUUUACGCGCAAAACAUUCCUAUGGACAGCAGUGUCGACCUCGAAGCUCUUGCAGAUCGAUGUAGUGGCUACGUGGGCGCCGACCUGGAAGCUCUGUGUCGAGAAGCUGCAAUGGCAGCUCUCCGGAGAUCAUUGAAGAAUGGCAGCGAAGAAGACGAGAAGCUUGUUACUUCCAAAGAUUGGGACAGUGCUCGGACGAAAGUUGGUCCAAGUGUUGUGAGGGGCGUUGCAGCAGACGUUCCGAAAGUGUCGUGGGAUGAAAUUGGUGGCUUGCAAGAUGUGAAGAAAAAGCUUCAACAGUCUGUGGAGUGGCCAAUUAAACAUUCCGUCGCUUUCCAGAGGCUAGGACUGCGCGCCGAUCGUGGAGUUCUAUUGCACGGACCACCUGGAUGCUCGAAGACUACACUUGUCAAGGCCGUCGCUCACGCUGCACAAGCUACUCUUUUCUCAUUAAGUGGAGCCGAAAUGUACUCCAUGUACGUCGGAGAAGGCGAAGCACUUUUGCGCGACACAUUUCGUUUGGCUCGAGUGGCAAAGCCAAGCAUGAUCUUCUUCGACGAGGUGGACGCCAUCGCGUCCAGCCGAGAAGAUAACUCCAAAGAUGGGCACUCGGUUGGCGAAAGACUACUAUCGACAGUGUUGACAGAGAUUGAUGGACUUGAAACACUGCAGGGUGUCCUCGUCGUAGGAGCCACAAAUCGACCGUCAGCUAUAGACUCGGCCUUGUUAAGGCCGGGGCGUUUCGAUCGUGUGAUCUAUGUUCCACCUCCAGAUGCUUCGGAAAGGUUAGAAAUCCUGCUCGUCCACACCAAAAAGAUGGCUCUCGCUCCCGACGUCGACCUCGGACAGAUUGCCAACGCUACCGAGUGCUUCACCGGGGCUGAAUUGGCAUCGCUGUGCCGAGAAGCCGCCAUCGCUGCUCUGCGAGAAGACGUCGAGAACGCGAGCGUGGUGUGUAACAGGCACUUCCAACACGCGAGAGAUCACAUCUCUCCCGCGCUCACGAAGCUGGAAAUCGCGAGCUAUGAAAGCUUCUCGCGGGAAAGAUAGAAAACCAAAGGUUAAGUCGCUGUGUUUUGCGCUAAUGGAUGAUUAGCCUUUAACAGGAGAAAAGCUUCCACGGUUAGCUUAAAACUUAACGGCGUCGUUAAAAGCUUUAGCGUCAGACACGGAGCAACGGCUACCAACUAGGCUCGGGGCCGCCGAAGCUCAGGGCAGUGGAUAGGCGCUACGAUCGAUUUCUUCUUCCUUCCAUCGAUUCCUCCUCCGCGCGGCUGCGGCCGAUAGGCGCUUGGCCGAGCGUCAAAGAUUGGGAAUUCGCCGAGGUUUUGAGCUACAGUGCUGGAUUUCCUCCCACUGUUGCGGCGAUUUCUCUCUAGAUCUAAGGGCGAUUUGGAGGUUUUCAGGCUCUCUUUCUGCCGGAUCGUCCAAUGGUGGGAGUUUUCACACGCAUUGCUCGAGGCGUGUCAGGGGACCACCACAACCAUUUCCCGCAAGGAACUG